AUGGCGAAAAGGCCUCCGGGCCCCAUUCCUACUGCUACCAAUAGCAAGACGGAAGAAAAUGGUGAAUUGUUUUUCCAAAAAAAAAAACUGCAAAAACUGCAACAAAGUAUAGCUGAUUCACGGCUGGCUUGAGCCAUGGAAAAAAUGGUCCUUGUACGAUGAUGCACGAGACAGCGCCUGGCUCGUGGAGAGCGCAGACAGGACACGCCCCCUUAGCGUCCCAAGCUGGCCGUGAAUCAGCUAUACGAAAACUGCUAACCAAAAUCCCAAGCCAACUUCAUACCACGAAAAGGGGCGGUUUUUCUCUAAACAUGAUUGAAUUUUUUAGUCAGCGUUCAUGAAAUCCUCGUGCCCAUCAAAAAUGCGGCCAAACGAGAAGAAGUGAAGGUCCCAAAGGUCCCGUCAUCGAUAAACUUUGCUCGCAAGCUGCCUUUUUGUCAUGGGUUUGUUUUCGAACUAACUUCCGCAAAAGUCUACAAAUUAUCGAAUUCAGGUACAUGCCGGCUUUGGAAGCAACCCAUCUUCUCAUUCGUUCCGGCGACUUUCUCAUUCGUCUUCGUGAGGGUAAUUCGGUGGAAACUUUCGGGACAAAGUUUCGAAAAAUGACAUUUUUCAGUUAAGAACGAGGUCAGAGUUGUCGUGAGCGUGGCGCUCACGUCCAGGCAAUCAAGUGAGCUGAGACAGGUAAACGAGAAGGAAGACACGCGGAAAGGAUGCCAGUUGGCGAAGAAGGCGGAGCAAAAAGUGGACAAUGGCGGCGACGGUGGUGAGGAGACCUGAAACUACUUUGAAGCUCUUUAUUUUUGGGAAAAACUGUUUCCUUUUAUGUGAAUCGAUAGUUUUAGUAUCAAAAGGCCCAAUUCUAAAUGGCUCUAGUGAGCAAAAAAAAAGAAAUUAUUUUCCUCUCCUUGUCAAAAAAUUUAUAGAAUUUUAUACGAAAAGCCAUUCUAAACGCGAAGAUGCUCACCGCAGUUAGAAUGAUUGUGUGCUGUGGUAAUUUCGAAAACAACUUCGAUUUCAUAAUUCACGAUACAAAUGUUAGAUUAUAGUCCUUAUAAACCCUAACUAUGAGCCUUCUUGGUUGCAUUCGAAAUGUCUCAAAGCCUCAGAAACCGAUCAAGUCUACGAAUAUAAAAUAAAAGACGGGUUCAACAUCAAUCUGAUUAUCUUCAGACAGAGAAAAAGGCUUGGAUGCAUUUUCCGAGACCCGACCUGCCCCCUUUCGCGAGACGAUAGCCGUGAACUACCGGCAUAUGAAGUUGAGAGAGAACAAGAACGGAUGUUCUCUUGAUGGAGAGAAAUAUUUCUCAAGUUUGAAAUCUCUGCUAGCGUACUACAUGUUUGUGAAAAUGGAGGUUAGCCAUUUUAAACUUGUCAUUUUUUGUUUGCAAAAAUGCUUUGAAGUACUCUCGCAAACUUGUUAACACCAAGCGCCUAAAUGGGGCCAUGUAACAUGAAAUUAAAGAGAACUGAGAACAGCCCCCAGAUCUUUUGAGCAUCGCGACUGGAAUUUCGAUUUUUUCCAGAUUUCAUCGUUCUAUUUUCAUCACUGAAAUCGAUGAAACCAGCCGCAGAGCGCAAUUUUUCAGAUUUACGGAAAAAAUCAGCCGUCCAAAUAAAAACUGUUAAAAGCUUUCAAAUUCAAAUCUUCAAGAAUUAUGAAAAGUAGGCGUAGGGCGUAAAUAUUCGAAUUUUUAUCCUUUCCAAAACUCGAUCUUUUUCAGGGAGAACAAAAAUUCAAUCUUCGGAACCCGAUAAGUCGCCAGUACGGAUCCUUCCGCCUCUCACAGAUCAAGAUAGUUAGAACUGUGAGGAUUUUUUCAAAAAGUAAUAGACCAAAAAAAAAAAGUUUUUUCGAGGCAAAAACAACUUUAAAAUUUUUUUAUUUGCUCCUUCUUUCUCAAAAACAAUUUUUGAGCUAAUAUAUGUUUUUUGUCGAAUUGGAGUCAUCGUUCUUAAUAUUUGCAGCUCGGGAACGGCGCGUUCGGAGAAGUGUCACUUGCGGAGAUCAACCACCCGGCUUUCGAACAGGACAAGGCGGUCGUGAAAACGGUAGGCCUUGAGAAAUCGAAUUUAUUCGGUGAAAGAUCGAAAAAGACGUCUCGAGCUGGAAUUCGAAAUUUGUUUUGUUGAUCAAGAGUUGCAACAAGUCUGAAUUCUGGGAAUUCUUAAAAAUCUCACGACAUUUUCAUGGAUUGGAAUAAAAAUAGAGAUAUACUUGCCACUUCGUAGAGCAUCUUCUUGUGCGUCGAACGGUGUUGAAGUUUUGACCUUUGUUGAAAAUUAAUUAAAUUGGAAGAACUUUCUCGGACUUUUGUAAUGCACUUCUAGCGGUCACUUUAGCGGCGUCAGCGCUUAAGUGAUCACUAGAACUUCUCAGAUGUGUUUUUCAAGGUACCGAGGUCCGUCAAAAAUGCAGUUUGCGAUAAAAAUUGCUCUGUGGACAAAAAAAACGACGCAAUUUCCGGGUUUUUAAGAUGAAGAAAGGCGUCCCGGAGCACCUCGAACUUGAAGAAAAGUUCCUUGUUGAAGGAGGAAUCUCCAUCCCGCUGGACCACCCUAAUGUUGUCCGCACAUUAGGGUGGUGUUACGAUUCUAAACCUCUGCAGCUACUGAUGGAACUGUGUCCGGGUGAGGCUUCCAAAAAGCAUUUCUUCCAAUCUCUAUGAAAAUUCUCUAUGAGAUCAGAUAACUUUGAAAAUAACUUGAAAAAGUUCCGGAAUAUAACUUUAAACGAAAAACACGUUAAUUUUGCGAUCGCUGAUGUCAAUUAGACUUUUUGACACAUAUCCGCCUAAUCUUCGAAAUUAUGAAUUACGGUUUCUUCCCGCCUAAAGCUUCGGCGGACGUCUACUUCUUUUGAGCUUAUCUUCAAGUUUUGAUUUAUCGUCGUUUUUUGAAGGUGGCGCUCUAAGCACCUUCCUCAUGACCAAGUCUGAGAAGGUGUCGAACCUGACCUUGACGAGGUUCUGUCUCGAUGCCGCGAGGGGACUGGACUACCUCCAUGAAGUUGGCGUCCUACACAGAGAUGUAGCCGCCCGAAACUGCCAGUUGGACGAAUAUGGAACGGUAUUUUCAUAGAACCCAAAUAUUCAUUGACCACCAUUUUCAGCUAAAGAUAGGUGGUUUCGGCUUGUCGCUGAAAGCAUACUACUACGAGAUGUCAGGACCCGAAAACCUUCCAAGCCGCUAUCUUGCGCCACAGUGUUUGACGGAGUACGCUUUCAGCUCGCAGUCGGACGUCUACGCCUACGGGGUUUGCUUUUUGCUCAUAUCUGACUAAAUCAGAACCUUCUCAGCAUCUUAUCUGCGAAAUGUUUAAUAACGGUCAGGUGCCAUAUGUUGGCAUGUCGGGAGCAAAAGCCCGCGAAGAGGUUAGGUUUUCAUUUUAUUUUAAAAAAAAGUCUGUUAUCUGCAGAUUCUCGCCGGGAAGAUUCUCAGUGUGCACGGAAGAGCACCCGAACCUCUGCGCGUCUUAGUGGAGAAUAGGAUUUUUGCGUUCCAUCCCAUAUACAGGCCACCAAUGAAUGAGGUAUACACUUUCUUUCAGGGCGAAUAUUUUCGACGCAAAAUACCUUAAAACUAAAAAACUGUGUUUUCCAAAAGUUUUUAAGUCGAUUGAAGUUACUGAGUUACCCUUUCGUAAAGUUUAAAUGCUCCACGGGAAAGUUUGGGAUCCCCAGUUCUUCUAACUGAUCUUCGAUUUUCAAAAAAUGACCAUGCACUUUAUAACAGAAUUUCGCUGCUAUUUUUUCUCGAUACUUGAAAAAGCUGAUUAACUACAAAAUAAAAAUAGAGUAAAAUGGAACUUUCAAAAAAAGUGAUUACAAAACUUUAAAAAAAAUCUUUAGAUAGUCGAUUUUCUCGAUGCGCUCGUCAACUGUUUGGAAGAGGUUAGAAAUUCAAAUUUUUUUUCGAAAAUGUUUUUUUUCACAGGCGAAUCCGAAGGAAAACGGAGGAGUUGAAAGUGCGUUGGAGGCCGGAAAUGGGGACAACCUGCAGCCGAGCAAUGAAACGGAGGUGAAAUUUUGGUUCAGUCUUUUUUUGUCCAUUGGAGCCUAAUGGUGACACUGGAAAUGGUUCCAAGGACACCGAUUCCUUUAAACGAACGCCCGACCGGAAACGGCUUGGGCGUGGAGACCUUAAGUACCAUUGAGCCAUUUCCAGUGCAACCACGUUUUUUCUAGUAGUGGGAACCUUGAUAUUUCUGAACUUAGUAUGAAAAUAGGGUAGUAAGAUUCGUCAAAAGUCUAAUAGGAGAAGCCAAAAAAUCAACUUUUAUGAGUUAACAUAUUUCACAGGACGUUUAUGAGUUGGUCGAUCCGGGCCGCACACUUGCCACCUAUUAA